AUGAAGAACUGGAGACGAGGUGGAACCCGUGGCUGUGAUGAUGGCGUACAUGUUACGCGAGAUGGCACUGUGGAAGAACGUGACAACUAUCCGUUCGAUAAAUUUACUCACGAACGUAUUGCUGGUGUGCCGGAGCAAAAGGGUCCCGGGGAUUGCGGUGUCUACUGUCUGAAAUACAUCGAGUGUCACGCAACUGGAAACGCUUUUUCAGCCUCUUCACUGUGCAACAAGAACAUCAAGGCAAUUCGGAGUAGGUAUGCUUGUGACAUUUUCAAGGAGACCGAUUGCAAGGGACCGAGGAUCCGUGACUGGGACGGUCUUGAUCCUUUCGACGGGAGAUGCUGA